CGUUCUCUUUCUUCCUUUCUUCUCACGUCUGACUUCAUAGCCAUCUUCCAUUUACCAAACCCUGCCACCGGCCUUCUCGAUACCAACGUUGUAUCGAUCAAUUAUACACCCAUCUAAUACUGACGGCAAGAAAAGUAAAACCGCGCUUAUGCGUGUGAUUGUUUCCAUCUUCACCUCCCAGGACUACAUCUCGGGUAUGCUAGUGUGAAGCAUUGUCGAAUUUGAGCUGCAUACUGACUGACCUGCCAUUCUAGAUCACCUCUGGAAAGCCAACAUAAACUGAGCCAUAGUCGAACAAGACACGAAGCCCUACUCACACGAAACAAGAAAGAAUGUUUGCUCGACUAUUCACCACCGCCCCCAUCAGGGCCAGUACUAUGGCCUCGAUGAAGGCACCCACCCUUCAGGCUCGAUUUAUGGCCACUGUCGACCGUAAGAUCCCCACGCCUUCCGCUAGACGAACGCCCGUGUCACACGACCGCGCGACGUUCACGAUCCGAGAUGGUCCCGUAUUCCACGGCAAGUCCUUUGGAGCCAAGUCCAACAUCUCUGGUGAAGCCGUCUUCACCACCUCUCUGGUGGGAUACCCCGAGUCUCUGACCGACCCCUCCUACCGUGGCCAGAUUCUGGUCUUCACCCAGCCAUUGAUUGGCAACUACGGCGUCCCCUCCGCUGAGAAGGACCCCAAUGGACUCCUCAAGUACUUCGAGUCCCCCAACCUCCAGGCGGCUGGUGUCGUUGUCGCCGACGUUGCGGAGCAGUACAGUCACUGGACCGCGGUCGAGAGUCUGGGUGAGUGGUGCGCCCGUGAGGGUGUUCCUGCCAUCUCUGGCGUCGACACCCGUGCCAUUGUCACCUACCUCCGUGAGCAGGGUUCCUCUCUGGCCCGUAUCACCGUUGGUGAGGAGUACGAUGCCGACGAGGACGAGGCUUUCAUCGACCCUGAGCAGAUCAACCUGGUCCGCCAGGUCAGCACCAAAGCUCCGUUCCACGUCAGCGCUGCUGACCCCCAGUGCCAUGUCGCUGUGAUUGACUGCGGUGUGAAGGAGAACAUCCUCCGCAGCCUGGUCAACCGUGGUGCCAGCAUCACUGUCUUCCCGUACGACUACCCGAUCCACAAGGUGGCCCACCACUUUGACGGAGUGUUCAUCUCCAACGGCCCUGGUGACCCAACCCACUGCCAGGAGACCGUCUACCACCUCCGCAAGCUCAUGGAAAGCUCUCAGGUCCCUAUCAUGGGUAUCUGUCUCGGCCACCAGCUCCUGGCUCUGGCUUCCGGUGCCCGCACCAUCAAGCUGAAGUACGGAAACCGUGCUCACAACAUUCCCGCUCUGGACUUGACCACUGGCCGCUGCCACAUCACCUCCCAGAACCACGGUUAUGCUGUCGAUGCUAGCACCCUGCCGAGUGACUGGAAGCCAUACUUCGUUAACCUCAACGACGGUUCCAACGAAGGUAUGAUCCACAAGUCGCGUCCUAUUUUCAGCACCCAGUUCCACCCUGAGGCCAAGGGUGGUCCUCUUGACUCCUCCUACCUCUUUGACAUCUACCUUGAGAGCGUACAGAAGUACAAGAACAGCCAGGCCGUCUUCCAGCCGAUGCGGGACAGCCGUCCCAGCCCUCUGCUGGUUGACCUCCUGGCCAAGGAGCGCGUUGGUGUGCAGCCCACCACUGGCAUGCAGAACCAACUGGCCGCCGCUGCGGCUGCUGCCACCGCUGCCUAAUCUGUUAUCUGUAGUUUGUUCUCUUGGAGUCUUGGCUUUAUAGGAAGGAGGAUCGGGUUCUCGUUUCUGAUCUUAUGUUUUCGCGACGUAUGCAUGUGGAUAUAGAUUGAAUGAACAUUAAUUCUCCA